AUGGUUUAUAUGAUACCUUCGUUGAUCGAAGAUAAAAUUUCUCCACGUGCCAAAAAUUUGAUCGAGAAAUUAGACGAUUUUGUCAAGAAUGAUUGUGUUCCAUCGGAAGCGCUUUAUUAUGCGCAGCUUGGUAGAGGUGAAAAAAGAUGGAAGGUUGUUCCGCCAGUGAUUGAACAAUUAAAGAAAAAAGCACAAUCGUUGGGAUUAUGGAAUUUGUUCUUGUCAAAAGAUUAUCCAGAAGGUGCUAAUUUGUCGAAUCUAGAAUAUAGUGUGAUGGCUGAAAUUAUGGGACGUUCUAUACGUAUUGCUCCUGAGGCUACAAAUUGCUCAGCACCAGAUACAGGUAAUAUGGAAGUAUUUGCAAAGUACGGCACACCAGAACAAAAGUCACGUUGGUUAGUUCCACUACUCCGCGGUGAAAUUCGAUCAGCAUUCGCAAUGACAGAACCAAAUGUUGCUUCAUCGGAUGCAACAAAUAUCGCGACCUCAAUUCAAAAAAUCGGCAAUGAAUAUGUCAUUAAUGGACGUAAAUGGUGGAUUUCGGGAGCAGGCGAUCCACGUUGCGCUGUUUAUUUGGUAAUGGGAAAAUCUGAUCCUCGAAACCAAAAAUUACAUCGACAACAAAGUUUGGUAAUUGUACCCGCGAAUACCGAAGGUGUUCAAGUUAUUAGACCAUUGACUGUAUUUGGAUAUGAUGAUGCGCCUGAGGGACAUUGUGAGAUUACAUUUAAAGAUGUUAGAGUUCCUCUUGAGAAUAUUAUUUUAGGUGAAGGAAGAGGAUUCGAAAUCAUCCAAGGUCGAUUGGGCCCCGGAAGAAUUCAUCAUUGUAUGAGAUGUAUUGGUGCGGCAGAACGUGGCCUCGAUUUAAUGCUUGCACGAGUCACCGAUCCAUCUCGUCGAACAUUCGGUAAACUUAUAGCUGAUCAUGGUACCGUUAAAGCGGACAUAGCAAAAUCACGUAUGGAAAUAGAUCAAGCUAGAUUUCUUGUAUUAAAUGCGGCACACAUGAUCGAUAAAGUUGGCGCAAAACGUGCAAUGAAAGAAAUCGGAAUGGCUAAAGCUAUAGUUCCAACUGUGUUGCUCAACGUGUUGGAUAGAUCGAUGCAGGCACAUGGUGCAGCCGGUGUAUCUGGUGACACGCCAUUAGCAUAUAUGUAUGCGGCCGGUAGAACUUUGCGAUUUGCCGAUGGUCCAGAUGAAGUUCAUAUUCAACAGAUUGGAAAAUUGGAAUUGAGACGUGCUAAAGAGAUUAAAGAACAGAAUGAAGUUAAAUCAAUUACUUUUUCUAAAUUAUAG